ACAAGCAGAUAAAAUCAGCUCCUCAAUGUCCCCUAGACAGUCUCACCUCCUUUCCUGUCACAGGAAGAGGCUGGUGUCUCCAUCCCUGCUCUCUAGGGCUGGCACCAUGAGAAGGCUCCACCUGGUGGCAGUCCAAGAGUCCCUAAAGCAGUGGCACAUAAAUAUAAGGACCAGUCAUGAAAUUAUGCAUAGCAUUCUAUCCAAAAGCCAUUUGUACUUACAUGAUGACCUUUUUCUUUUUUCCCCUUACAGAAAAAAUCAAGGACCUAUUUCCUAGUAAAACUAUUGACCAAAACACCAGACUGGUUCUGGUGAACGCAGUCUACUUCAAAGGGCGGUGGGAUGAGGAAUUUAAAAAAGAACUGACCACAGAAGCAAAGUUCUGGCAGAAUAAGAAUUUGAGCAAAUCUGUGCAGAUGAUGGCCAAAAGCGGGCAUUUUAAUUUUGCCUUCCUGGAGGAUGUGCAGGCCAAGAUCCUGGAAAUGCCAUACAAAGGCAAUGACCUGAGCAUGGUCCUGCUGCUGCCCAAUGAAGCAGAUGGCCUGCAGGAGCUUGAAGACAAACUCACUGCUGAGAAGUUAAUGGAGUGGACCAGCCCAAGGAGCAUGGAGAUGACUAAUGUAGAUCUGCGCCUCCCUCGAUUCAAAGUGGAAGAGACUUUUGACCUUGAGACCAUGUUGAGCGCCAUGGGGAUGGAGGACGUCUUCUGUCCACAAAAAGCUGACCUCUCGGGCAUGACAGGGACACAGGACCUUUCAGUGUCCAAAGUUAUGCACAAGUCCUUUGUGGAAGUGAAUGAAGAGGGCACCGAGGCUGUAGCCGCCACUGGCGGAGUAGCUGGAACAUUGUCCAUCCCAAUGCCCCCAGUUAGUUUCUAUUGUGACCACCCCUUCCUGUUCUUCAUCAAGCAAAAUAAGACCCACAGCAUCCUCUUCUUUGGCAGAGUCUCUUCCCCUUAAGCAGGAUGCCUCUGUCUCUCUUAUGAGACAAGUCACAGAGCAAACAGUAAACUGAGGCUGGAAACAA